AUGCAGACCAUGCCCCCGCGCACCUCGCUGACGAGCUCCUUCUCCGUGUCGGAUGCCAACAACGAGGUGGUGUGUCCGUUGACGAACAAUGACGGCUCCAACUGCCGGAAGAGAUGCUUAGGGGAAAAACGGUAUCGCUCGAUGCAAGAGCAUAUCCGCAGGGCGCACCCGAACCACUACAUACCGAAGCUCCCCGCUACCGAGGAGAGCUUCCUGCUGAUGGUCAAUACCCCGCUAGACCAGCGCGCCCAUCUCAACACCCAGCCCACGCCCUCGCCUGCGAAAAAAUAUGACACCUCGCCUCCCGUUACCCCUCGCACCAUUGACGACGCCCACCCAGCCGCCGCCACUGCUGCGGUCGCCUUGGCUCAAUUGCAUCACCAUCGCCUGGCCUCUGAUUGGGACGACAUGGAUACACACUCCGAUAAUGAAUUAGGACGAGGCGGCAUGCAUUCGUCAAUUGAGCUUCCGCCAUUGAGGGAUCAUUUCAAACAGGAGCCUCUUCCGCCGUUUCAAUCAUCGCGACCCCGAGAAUUGCUACCGUCGAUUUUGAGCCACUCUCCUCCUGGUCGGUCAUCGACAUUGCCGCCUUUACAGCGCAACAACAGCAAGAUUCAGAGGCCACGAAAGUCGUCUAUUACCCAGAAUGCGCGCAAACCGAAGCACGACCGUACGCGAUCAAAGGAGUUCGCACGACGUCCUAGUCUUGGAGACCGGAAAGCUCUUUCGGCUGAGCCACAAACCGCUGCCUGGGUGCAGGGAAAGCGAUGGGAAGACCUCAUAGAAGCCGCUACCUCGGCCACAGAAGUGGAUGAAGAUCGUACCGCAUUCUCCGUCAAUGUCAACGCUGCUCAACAAUACAUCCUCGAUUGCGUCGACCAAAAACCGCAACUCACUGCCUCCGUCAUUGCACUCGUCAAGUCUUGCGCCAAUUCGUCGGUCGUUUCAAGGUUCAUCCUACACAGAGUCUCCAUUGCAAAAAUCGCUCACACCACCGCCGCUGGAACUACACCGCAGCAGAGAUAG